AUGGCUGGUACUCUGAGCGCCCUGCCUGUCAUCCCCCUCGACGAGGCCUACGCCCUCACGGCAGCCUACAAUGCCGACUCGCAUCCGGAGAAAGUGCUGCUGGGAGCUGGCGUGUAUCGCGACGAGAACCUCAAGCCCUGGGUGCUUCCAAGCGUGAAGAAGGUUCGUAAGAGCGAGAUCCUCCACGAAACGGUCGUCGACCACGAAUAUCUGCCCAUCGCAGGGGCCCCGGGAUUCCUGAAGCUCGCGCAGCAGCUCAUCUUCGGCCCGAUCCUCGACGACACAAGUCGCAGCCAUGCUAUAACCAGCGUGCAGUCCAUCUCGGGCACGGGCGCCAACCACCUGGCCGCUCUCUUCCUCGGCCACUACCUGCGGCCCGCCCACGUCUUCAUCUCCAACCCAACGUGGAUGAACCACCAUGUCAUCUGGGAGCUCGCGGCUCCCAGCGUCGUCCGCAAGACAUAUCCGUACUACAACCCGGCGACGCGGUCCAUGGACCUCGACGCCUUCCUAGCCGAACUGGAGACCUCGGCCGUCGCAAACGACGUGGUCAUCCUACACGCCUGCGCGCAUAACCCGACGGGCUUCGAUCCAACCCACGAGCAAUGGGACAAGAUCGCAGAGGUCAUCCGCCGCAAGGGCCUGUUCCCCAUCUUCGACACCGCGUACCAGGGUUUCGCGUCGGGCGAUCUAGACGAAGACGCAUGGGCGAUCCGCCACUUUUACAAAACCCUCUUCGAGGAACCGACUACUUCUCCUAGUCCUGGGAUGAUUGUGUGUCAGUCCUUCUCGAAGAACUUUGGUCUAUACGGCGAACGUGUCGGGGCUUUACAUCUCGCCCUGCCCCCGGGCUCUUCUCUCGCCGGAGCGGAGAGCCAGUUCGCGCGCCUGAUCCGCGGCGAAGUCUCUACUUGCCCCCGAUUCGGCUGCCGCGUCGUCGAGACCGUUCUCUCGGACCCCGCCCUUCGCGAAAUAUGGCAGGCUGAUCUGAAGACCAUGGCCGCGCGGAUCCGUGCCGUGCGGCAGGCCCUGCGCUCCGAGCUCGUCAAGCUGGGCACAAAGGGUGACUGGAGCCAUAUCGAGACCCAGAUCGGUAUGUUCAGCUAUACGGGUCUCUCCGAGGCCCAGGUCAAGCGUUUGAAUGAGGUCCACCAUGUGUAUAUGAUGGCCAGUGGGCGGAUUAGUCUUGCUGGCCUCAAUGAGAAGAAUGUCGGGUAUGUCGCGCGGGCGAUCCAUGAGGUCGUGGAAAAUGCUCCUUAA